CCCGUACUCUUCCUUCACGUUCUCGAUGAUGGAGAUGGAGAAGGCCGGCUCGUCCGAGUCGUCCCCGAAACGAUGACGCGACACCGUCGUCAUAUCGGCCGUUUCGGCCGAGUCAUUUCCUUCCAUAACUCGCCGCCGCGACGAAACUCGUAACAGAGGGAACGAAGUGGGUUGGAGAAAUUGAGACUCGAGUCAUAAAUAUGGGCCUACUAAAUAAUCUCUACAGGCCCAACAAAAAAGGCCCAAUUAAAUUUAUCCGAAAAACCGAAAACCAAAACCAAUUUUUCAAGUCGAUUUUCGAUAGCGCUUUCUCGAAGCAAUCAGCCCCAGAACAUUCUCCGUCUUCUUCUUCCUCACUUUUCUGCUCCACUGAGUGAACUCGCCUAACUCGCUAACUCAGAGCUCGCCCAGCCCUCCCAUGGCAUUUGCUCACUACCCAACAUCCAUUCGCCUCCAAGCCUCAAAGCACCCAAAGACUUCGAUUCUGAAACCACCACCUCCUUCUCCUUCCUUUUCCUCCCUUCCUCUUCCCCUCAAACCUCGGAACCUCUCCUUAUUUUCAAGGCCCCGAAUUCCGGGGCAUAAGGGUAAUUACACUUCUCCGCCGUCGGCGCAGGCGGAGCCGCAGGGGCCUCAGGUGAGUUCAGCUGCGGACGCCUUCACUAACUUCAAGCAUCUGCUGCUGCCCAUCACCGACGGGAACCCAUAUCUCUCCGAGGGCACAAGACAGGCCAUAGCUACGGUUGCUGCUUUGGCGAAGAAGUAUGGGUCUGACAUUACGGUUGUGGUGAUCGAUGAUCAGCAGAAGGAGUCGUUGCCGGAACACGAAACCCAGCUUUCGACUAUCCGUUGGCAUCUCUCCGAAGGUGGGUUCCAAGAAUACAAGCUGUUAGAGCGACUCGGGGAAGGGAACAAGCCGACAGCCAUCAUCGGCGAGGUUGCUGAUGACCUGAAUUUGGAUUUAGUUGUUAUAAGCAUGGAAGCUAUUCACUCCAAGCAUAUCGAUGCAAACCUGCUUGCUGAGUUCAUUCCUUGCCCUGUCAUCCUUUUGCCGUUAUAAUUUGCUAUUUCAACUGUAAAGUAAUCACUUCAAACUCAAGCUCCUUUCUAGUUUACAAUGCCAGUUUCUUGUGACCGGAUUCUAUGACCUUUUAUUUUUGUUUUCCAAGAAAAAUCAAUAGAGAAUUGAAAUUUUUGCUCUUAGGAA